AUGAGCCGUGGGAAACAAAAUCUUGCAUUAUUUUGGACAGGGUCUCAUAUUCUGAGUUGCAACUCAGGGAUUAUGCUGAUUCUGGAUAGGCAGCUUCACCGUCUCAACUCAUCCUCUGCGGAAGGAGAACACUUGAUAGAGGCUAGCUUGAACAGACCAGAUUUGAAGCUCUUAAAUUUUGAUGCACGUAUAGAUAUGGGGACAAGAGUGGCGAUACUUGGUCCUAACGGAGCUGCAAAGUCCACUCUUCUGAAUCUUGUUGCGGGAGAUUUAGUUCCGACUGAGGGUGAAGUGAGAAGAGGCGAGAAGCUGAGGAUCGGCAGGUACUCUCAGCACUUUGUUGACCAAUUACCAUGGUGGAAAAGCCCACUUGAUUAUCUUCUUGGUCUUAUUACUGACGAAGAGGAGCGGCGUAAACAUUGCGUGGUGGCUACGAAACUGCUGAGGUUUGGGAUACCAUAUUCAGACCAAAACCGUCACUUUGGAUCUACGUCUGCAGGACACAAGGCUAAGGCUGUUUUAGCCUCCAUCUCGAUUUCCAACCCACACAUUUUGCUUCUUGACGAGCCAACUAAUCACCUAGACAUGCCCACUAUAGAUGCCUUGGCGAAAUCACUUUGCUGGUUCAAAGGAGGAGUUGUGCUGGUCAGUCACGACUCCAGGCUCGUAUCGCAAGUCUGUCACAAAGAGGGCAAGAGCCAGAUUUGGGUUGUACAAGACGACGGAACAGUGACUCUCUUCCCAGGCACUUUUAAUGACUACCAAAAGAGCCAAGGAGAGGUUGACGAGAGUUACUAA